AUGUCUCUAGUGCAUGUUAAGGAUGAGUAUGAAUAUGAAGAGUUAUUUGAGGAUGUAUACUGCAAAGAGGAACCAAAAUCAGACGAUGAUGUGGCGCGACUUGAGCUGUACGCCGACCACCGGGUGAAGGACGAGCUCGUGCUCGGCCCAGAGUUGAUGUACCCUCCCGAUAAAGCCCAUGCGGCACAAGUUGCCCUAGCACUGGAAGGAAGUAGGGAAUUGUCCCCAGAAAAACCUUGCAAACAAGAGCCAAGUCAGGUUUCAAUGUGUCUCAAACAAUUUGAACUACAAGACUGUGUUGUGCGACUCGAACGCAUACCCCUCUCAUCCCUCGAUAAUAUCAACAUACCUGAAUAUGCAAAAGACUCAAGACAAAGACUUUCUAUCGCUAACGAUGAUAAUAAAUCAAAAAAGUUCACAAAUGACAUUAAUAAGGAAGUGAAUAAGACCAAAAUCUACAUUUGCGAUACAUGCAACAAAAUGUUCACGAGACGAAAGCCAUUUCUCCAUCAUUUGCGUAUACAUAACAAACCUUACGCUUGUGAUAUAUGUAAAAGAAAGUUUACACUGCAAAAGUAUUUAAGAAUGCAUGAAUUAGUACACACACAACGGCAUUUUUUUUGCAAAGUUUGUAAUAAGAAGUUUACAACACAGAGAAAUUUAAAAAAUCACGAAUUUGUUAUACACGAAGCGGAGCAUUUGUCGUGUGAUGUAUGUAGCAGGGAGUUUACAUGGAAAGCUAGUUUGAUCAGACAUAGACUAAUACAUAGCGGAGAGAAACCGUAUCACUGCGAAAUAUGUAACAUGCAUUUCAGAUACAAGGACGCAUUAGCUAUUCAUAUUCGACAACACAAUGGUGAGAUGCUAUACUCCUGCGAAAUAUGCGAAAAGAAGUUUUUAUCUCACUCCAAUUUAUACAGACAUAAGCUGAUACACACUAAAAAGUAUGGUUAUGCAUGUGACAAAUGUGGCAAAAAGUUUUUGUAUGCUGCGUCCUUACGCAAUCAUGAAAAUAUUCACAACAGAGAAGAAACAUUCCAAUAUUUCCAAUGUGAUAUCUGUGAGCAAAAGUGUACCACUAAGAAAGGUUUAAUCAAACAUUUGUCAACGCAUUUGAAGGACCGACCUCGACCUUUUUUUUGCAAUAAAUGUAGCAAAAAGUUUCUUCAUAAAAGAACCUUAACUCUGCAUGAACUUACUCACACUAACGAAAAGCCGUUCGCGUGCGAUAUUUGUGAAAAGGCAUUCAAAUGCAAAGAUUAUUUGUUACGCCAUCAUUCCGAAAUGCAUAGUGGAAAGAAACCACUAAAAAGCAGAAAAAUGGAAGAAGUUCAGGUGCCUCCAUUAGGUAGGUACUUUUUCACUGACACGGGAAGAGAAGAUUUACUUCCCAACCAAUAG